ACUUCUUUGAGAUACCUAUUAUUAUUUUCAGAAUGGUGAAAGUGCAAGUGAAGCAAGGCUGGCUCGAAGGUGACCGGCGGGAGGUGUUGACCAAAGAUGGCUACUACUACAGCUUUAAAGGCGUGCCCUACGCCGCGCCACCCGUCGGCAAGUUGAGGUUCAAGGCGCCUCAACCUCCUCUACCCUGGGAUGGAGUCCGGAGAGCAACCGAGCACGGCCCAAUGUGCCCUCAACAAGACAUCUUCACCCAAGAGUUCAUACUAGGCAGCGAGGACUGCCUCUACCUCAACGUGUACUCCCCAGAUCUCCAGCCGAACAAACCUCUUCCUGUCAUGGUCUUCAUCCAUGGAGGUGGCUACAGAAGCGGCUCCGGAAACGACUCUCACUACGGCCCUGACUUCUUAGUCAAACAUGGUGUAGUCCUAGUCACUAUCAACUACAGAUUAGAAGCCUUCGGAUUUCUAUGCCUUGACACAAAAGAUGUCCCUGGCAAUGCGGGUAUGAAGGACCAAGUGGCAGCUUUGAAAUGGGUCAAAGAAAACAUUGUUAAGUUUGGUGGUGAUGCUUCUAAUGUGACUGUUUUUGGUGAGAGUGCUGGCGGGGCGUCUACUUUACUGCAUGUGUUGUCGCCGAUGUCAAAAGGGUUAUUUAAAAAAGCUAUUCCAAUGAGUGGUGUGCCAAUUUGUGACUGGUCUGUCGCCUUUGAACCAGCUAGGCGAGCUUUCACGCUCGGAAAAAUUCUCGGAUUUGAAACUGAUGAUCCGGAAAAACUUCUCGAGUUCUUGCAAAGUGUUCCUGCUGAGAAAUUAGUGCUGACCAACCCCUGUGUUGUGAGUUUGGAAGAAAAAUCGAACAACCUUUUGAAAAUGUAUCACUUCACACCAGUAGUCGAGAAGAAUCUUGGCCAAGAGUAUUUCAUGAUUGAAGAACCAUUAGAAAUUUUGAAAAAAGGAACCGGUAAUGAAGUAGACGUAUUUAUCGGACAUACUAGUGAAGAAUGUCUCAUUGGAUUAGAAUCUUUUGAAAAGUUCUUAUUGAACGAAUACAACAGAUAUUCUGAGAUAUUGGUACCGAGAGAACUUCUCUACAAAUGCAAUCCGAAGACUGUUUUGGAACUGUCUGAUAAAAUACAUAAGCACUACUUUGAAAAGAAACCGAUUAACAAUGAUAUAAUGAAGGAGUUUAUAAAAUAUGUCAAUGAUGCAUGUUUUGUUUAUAACAUACACAGGACUCUGGACCAUUUACCCAAAAUUAAGAACAGCAAGACAUAUUUUUACAGAUUCUCUUGUGUAUCUGAAAGGAACAUAUUUGGUGCUGCGGGUGUGAAGUACGGAAUCUCCGGGGCCAGUCAUCUGGAUGACUUGAUGUAUCUGUUUCAGGCCAACUUUGCUAACAUGCCAAUUGACAAGAAUGGCAAAGGCUAUCAUAUGAUCCAGUUGUCGUGCAACGUUUUCACCAAUUUUGCUAAAUAUGGCACCCCCACUCCCGACGCUUCACUAGGUGCUGUAGUUCCCUCCUACAGCAACUCUGAGAGCUACGUUGACAUAUCCGAUGUCCUUCGAGUAGGGCAAUCACUGGACGCCGACGUAGUGGCCUUCUGGAAGUCCGUGUUCGAUUCGGCUGGCGUCGAAUUUAAAUCAAUAGCACCAGUACAAAUUAAGGUUUCAAAUAAAAUGGUUAAAGCGAGUGUAAGUGAGGGCGUGUUAAAAGGCAGCCAUGAGAAAAACGAAUACGGCGGCACUUUUUAUAGUUUCAAGGGAAUCCCGUAUGCUGAGCCGCCACUAGGAGACUUGAGAUUUAAGGCGCCGCAACCACCAAAACCAUGGACAGGCGUUAGAAACGCGAAAGAUUUUGGUCCAAUCUGCUACCAAAUGAAUCCUAUAACAAAAACCCCCUGGGGGAGGGAGGACUGUCUGUAUCUCAACAUUUACACGCCAAAUCUUAAACCGGAAAAGCCUCUACCAGUCAUGUUUUAUAUCCAUGGAGGCAGUUUUGCCAUCGGAGGCAGUAACGAUGACAUGUACGGACCAGAAUUCCUCAUCAGACAUGAUGUUAUCUUAGUCACCAUAAACUACAGGCUGGAAGUCUUAGGUUUCCUUUGUCUAGAUUCCGAAGACGCGCCUGGAAACGCUGGAAUUAAAGACCAAGUACAAGCCAUGAGAUGGGUAAAGAAAAACAUUGGCUGUUUUGGAGGUGAUCCGGAAAAUAUCACAAUUUUUGGAAACAGCGCUGGUGGCGUUUGUGUAUCUUUUCAUUUGAUGUCACCAAUGACUAAAGGACUAUUCCGCAGAGCGAUCAUGCAAAGCGGAACAUGCACUUGCUUUUGGUCGAUGCCAUUCGAACCUCGAGAAGUGGUUUUAGCUUUAGCCAAACAGUUGGGUUGCCAUUCGUCUGACAACAAAGUAUUGUAUGAAUUCUUCAAAGUCCAACCAGUCGAUUCCUUGAUCAAUCUACAAAUACCAACAACGAUGGCGAUCAAAACUAAGAAUUCUUCUGAAAUAUAUUUCGCAGUCGUAAGCGAGAAGAAUUUUGACAAUAUCGAAAGGUACUGGAGUGGGAAUUCGUAUGAUGGUGUCCGAAGCGCGAUACAUGAGGGAGUCGAAGUAAUGAAUGGCUAUGUGGAGGAUGAAGGCAUAAUGACUGCUAUCAUGACCUGUAGAAACGACUUUACCGUAUUAAUGCCAAGAUUCGACCAAUUUCUAGAAGAAUACGUCCCUAGACCAAUAACAUGGCACUGUACGCUGGUAGACCAAUUUGAAGUUGGACGGAAAAUCAAACAGUUUUAUUUCCAGGACAAGAAAAUGACUUUUGAUGUUAUAAAUGAACUGGUGAAAAUGUUUUCCAUGGCAGCGAUGGUUUACGACAUUAUUCAAUGGCAGAAAAUUACCGCUGGCUCAAGUUCGAACAAGUUAUACUUUUAUCGAUUUACUUGCAAGUCGGAGCGGAACAUAAUGGCGAACAUGUUUGGGUAUGGGAAUGUAGUGGGGGAUAAGAAGACGACAUGUCAUGUGGACGACCUGGCCUACCUGUUCCCGUGUAAGGGCCGGAUAAAGAGGACGGAACCGGGCACUAAGACCUUCCAAAUGAUUGAAAAUGUUACUAAAUUGUGGACUAACUUUGCUAAAUUUGGAAACCCAACCCCGGAUGACAGGCUAGGAGCGCAAUGGACACCAUUCACUUUGGAAAAGCAAAACUACUUGGACAUUGGCGAACAAUUGCAGCUCUGCCUCAAUCCUGAAGAUGAACAGCUGCAGUUCUGGGAGGACAUUUACAAACGCUAUUUACCUCACAGAUCGCAUAUAUAA